UGUUGUGAGAAGCCAAAAACAAUGUUAGUGGAUGAAACACUCAUGCUAUUACUUAUUCGCCAUUAGUAUAUUAGAUACCAUAACGACUUGAGGUUCAUCAAUUUGUUUGUAGUAUUCGUGAAGUUGACAGGAUGUCACCACCGCUAGUCCAUAUCAAUACAUUUGUUCAACCCCAAGCAAAGUACACUGUAGACAAAGUAUCAAAGUUUUUUAUAAUAUGUAGUUUUCUUCUAGGCGUUAAUAGGUUGCCUAUUAUAUCAUCGAAACAUGUGUAUACAAUUCCUUCUAUAAUUUAUACUUUCGUACUAAUGUGUGUACUAAAUUUUUUCGGGUUUGAUUCUGUCUCAUUAUCUAUCAUGAGUUUGAACCUUGUAUUACAUAUCUUAUGUUCCUUCCUUGGUAUGUUUUUUUGGAAGAGAAUGCGCCUGUAUUAUUCAGAGCUCUGUAAGUUUGAUAUUUGCAUCGGAUGCAGACCAAUAACUGCACAAGGUUCCAGUAAACUUGAAUCGAACUGUCAAAUGAAAAAAUUUAUGGAUCUUUAUUAUAUUAUCGUAGAAUCUUACAGAUAUCUUAUUGACGCUAUUAAAUGGCAGUUAUUGUUCAUCAUCAUAGUUUCGUUUAUAUCUGUAUUGGGCUUCUGCUAUCAUUUUUCGCUGCACUUCUUACGUGGAAAAAACAUCGCUGAUUGUUUGGUGACUGAUCUGGGUUUGGCGCUUGUAGUGAUGAUCCCAUUGUUUGUACCUUGCGUCUUCGGCGAUAAGGUCCACACUGAAGUGAAGCGACUCAGAGAACUUUUAGCUUCAAGGCUCUAUGAAAACCAAAUGGAUAAGUCAAGUCGGAGUAUAGCGAGAGCUCUUCUAGCCUUCACGGAGACCCGCGAUUUGUCAUUCUCGCUGCUGCGCAUGUUGAACAUCGAUAUUUCUCUGCCAUUCAAGUUUGUUGGUCUACUCGUUACCUACCUUAUCAUUCUGUUGCAGUUUGAAAAAGUUAUUAAUCCGUAG